AUGUCGUAUGUCAUAUCGAAAACUAAUCACUUUGCUUUCUUUUUCUCACUUUCCUUCUCUCUCUCUCUCUCCUUCUCUCUCUCUCUCCUUUUCUCUCUCUCUCUCCUUUUCUCUCUCUCUCUCUCCUUUUCUCUCUCUCUCUCUCUCUCAUUUUCUCUCUCUCUCUCUCAUUUUCUUUCUUUUUCUUCAAUUUUCUCUCUCUCUCUCCCUCCCUACACCUCCCUUUCUCUCUCCCUACACCUCCUUUCUCUCUCUCCCUACACCUCCUUUCUCUCUCUCCCUACACCUCCUUUCUCUCUCUCCCUACACCUCCCUUUCUCUCUCUCUCUCUACACCUCCUUUUCUCUCUCUCUCUCUCUCUCUACACCUCCCUUUCUCUCUCUCUCUCACCCCCUUUUCUCUCUCUCUCUCUCUCCCUUUCCUCCCUUUUCUCUCUCCUACACCUCCCUUUUCUCUCUCUCUCUCUACCUCCUUUUCUCUCUCUCUCUACACCCCCUUUUCUCUCUCUCUCUCUACACCUCCCUUUUCUCUCUCUCUCUCUACACCUCCCUUUUCUCUCUCUCUCUCUUCACCUCCCUUUUCUCUCUCUCUCUCUUCACCUCCCUUUUCUCUCUCUCUCUCUUCACCUCCCUUUUCUCUCUCUCUUACCCUCCUUUUCUCUCUCUUACACCUCCCUUUUCUCUCUCUCCUCCUUUUCUCUCUCUACACCUCCCUUUCUCUCUCUCUCUCUACACCUCCCUUUUCUCUCUCUCUCCUCUACCUCCCUUUUCUCUCUCUCUCUACACCUCCCUUUUCUCUCUCUCUCUCUACACCUCCCUUUUCUCUCUCUCUCUACACCUCCCUUUUCUCUCUCUCUCUCUACACCUCCCUUUUCUCUCUUUCUCUCUCUCUCUCUCUCAUAUAUAUAUAUAUAUAUAUUUUUUCUUUUGCUUUUUUUCUUGCUCUCUUUCCCAUUACUUGCUUUAUUCCCUCUCCCUUUCUUUCACUUUCUCUCUCGUGUCUACAAUCUCUCUGUGUAUCUAUUUCCCCUCUCUCUCUUUCUGUUUUAUUCUCUAUGUCCCUCUUUCUCUCUCUUUCUGUCUUAUUCUCUAUGACCUUCUCUCUCUUUCUGUCUUAUUCUCUAUGACCUUCUCUCUCUUUCUGUCUUAUUCUCUACAUCUCUCUCUCUCUCUUUCUGUCUUAUUCUCUACAUCUCUCUCUCUCUCUUUCUGUCUUAUUCUCUACGUCUCUCUCUCUCUCUUUCUGUCUUAUUCUCUACGUCCCUCUCUCUCUUUCUGUCUUAUUCUCUACGUCCCUCUCUCUCUUUCUGUCUUAUUUUCUAUGUCCCUCUCUCUCUUUCUGUUUUAUUCUCUAUGA